ACAAAAAAUAUAUAUCUACCAAACUAACUCACUCUUGUAUCGAUCACUCUAUAUUCUUUCACUGUACCAAAUGGCUAAUCGGGGAAGAGGCAGUGCAGUAACGGCAGCGGUCGUGUUGUGCCUGCUAGCGGUAGCCUUUCAGUUCGAGGUAGCUCAGGCGGCUACUUAUGUAGUCGGUGGCAAAAGUGGCUGGACCUUCGGUCUCACUGGCUGGCCAAAAGGCAAGAAGUUUAAGGCUGGCGAUGUUCUUGUGUUUAACUACAUGAAAGGAUUACACAAUGUGGUGGCGGUGAACAAGGCAGGUUAUGAUGGGUGUAGCACUAGCCCAAGAAAUGCAAAAGUGUUCACAAGUGGAAAAGACAGAAUUACCCUUGUCAAGGGUCUCAAUAACUUCAUUUGCACUAUCCCUGGUCACUGUGGUUCUGGCAUGAAGAUUCAAGUCUUGGCUUCUUAAAAAACAAAUUAACAAAAAGAUUAUGAUAAUGCCAAUAAACUUGAAUCACUGAUUCACUAUCUGUUGUAUGUUUGGUUGUAUCUGUAUUAUCUUGACUUUCUCUUGGUUGUGAUAAUGUUAUUAUGUAUAAGUAAAGAUUCACUAGGAAUAUAUAUGACUAUAUUUGGCUUAAA